AUGCAACUAACGGGGAAAUACAAAUCGAUUUCGAAUAGCCUCUCGCAAACGGUGCAUUUCAUCAAAGAAUCGUCCGAGGCAAAGAUCAUCCAAGAAGAGAAGAAGAGAGAAGAGAUUUUCGGUCGCCUUACUCAUCUGCCGAUAGAAGCUGAGAGCGAUGAAUCUUCCAUUGCCAAACUUUCAAUCCAAGAGUCAGAUACGCCACAGGGUUACUACUAUGUUCCCUUUAGGCACAAUCAAAAUUUCUUUGGCCGAGAAGAGCUACUGCUUGAAAUCGAGCAAAAACUGGAAUCCCGCGACGAUGCUCUCCGCUCACUCUCAAUCUGGGGAACAGGAGGGGUAGGUAAAACACAGAUUGCGCUGGAGUUUGCAUACCGACAACAUCGUAAAGGGGUGAAAUAUAUUCUCUGGAUUCCCAGUGAACAUCAUUCUGAGUCUGCCAAAGCUUUCACUCAGGUUGCCGGUUUAUUGAAACUGAGUGGGGCUACUACGUCCAAGGGCCAUGAACAGAACAAAUUGCUAGUACUUCAUUUUUUGCAGCAUACAAGUAAGUGCCUUAAACUGUUGGAAGGCUCCCUGCCAUCAUGUGGCUCGGGCUCUAUCCUCAUAACUUGCCGAAGCGAAAUUCUCGCAUCCUCAGUUGCAGAUGAACAGAUUGAAAUACCUGUGCUGACGGAUCGUGAAGGUAGCACACUGAUGUUGAAACAAUUGGGGAUAGCUAACCCAUCUGCUAAAGAACGUGAGCUUACAGAAGAAUUCUCUAGCGAGUUGGGUGGGCUCUCUCUUGCAAUCGAUUUGAUGUCGAGGCACAUGCGGACUCGCAAAAAGGGUGUUGCGCAAUUUCUCCCAUACUACCGGGAGAAAAGGGCGCUAUUACAUCGAAACCCUCAGAGAGGCAUCACAAAUAUUUAUUACAACGGAGAUUUAGAAUCGUCAUGGACAAUCGCGUUUGGCCAAUUGGAUGAGCAAUCUAUAAAGGUCUUUAGAGUUUUAUGUAUGCUUGCACCGGAUCGCAUUCCAUUAACAGUGCUUUCACAUGAAGCUGUUACGAGUUCAAAUCCAGAGCACAAGGAAGGCGAAAAGCUAGACGAAGAAGAUCUCGAGAACAUUAUAGUGAAUCUAGUCGAUUUAGCUCUUGUACGAACUAAUGACACUUCAACGAUGCUUUCCGUUCAUCGUCUAACUCAGCUUGCGUUUCGAGAACACCAAAAGAGCUGCCAAGUUGAAACAUUCAUCAGAGUCUGUAAAAUACUUCGCGAUCUGUUUCCACGGCAGGAUAAAGGCUUCGCGUUAUUCAACCACUGGAUAGACUGCGAAAAGUUAGCUGAGCACGUCCAGAUGCUCUGUGAAAGAUACCAGUCAAUGUGUCAAGCAAGUCAGUCGCUUUAUCUAGAAGACUUUUCAUACUUGCUCUCAGACUGUGGAAGGUAA